AUGGGUGCCGUCGUUUCAUGCAUUACUGGCGUCUGCCGCGCAAUUGGCUCUGUCCUCAUGGCUAUCGUUAACGGUAUCGCCGCGGUCCUUACCGCCAUCGUCAACGGUAUCGCCGCCGUCUUUGACAUCAUCAUCUCCUGCCUCACCUGUGGUCGCGCAGGCGGCCGUCGCAGAGGGGGAACGACUGUAUAA